AUGGGAGAUAUUCGAGUGAAACAUUUGAGUGAUGCAAUACAACACAACACAACACUCGCCACACUGAAUCUCUCAAAAAAUCAAAUCGGACAUAUAGGAGCACAACAUUUAGCUGAUGCACUACGACAUAACACAGCUCUGACCACACUGAAUCUUCUUGGAAACAAGAUCGGAGAGAUUGGAGCACAACAUCUGGCUAAUGGAUUACAAUACAAUAAAACACUCACCGCAUUGAACCUCUAUGGGAAUCAAAUUGGAGAUAUUGGAACACAACAUUUGGCUGAUGCAUUACGACAAAACAAAACACUCAUGAUAAUAACUCUCGCAUAUAAUCAAAUCGGAGAUGCUGGAGCAGAAUAUUUGGGUGAUGCAUUACAACACAACACUAGACUUAUGUCAGUAGAUCUCAGUAGAAACGAUAUCGAACAUGCUGGUGCACAGCAUCUGGCUGAUGCAUUAAAACUCAACACCACACUCAUCACAAUAACUCUUGCAUAUAAUCAAAUCGGAGAUAUUGGAACACAACAUUUAGCUGAUGGAUUACGACUCAAUACAGUAAUCUGA